UGAUGAUGAUUGGCCCAAUAUCUGAAAAAUAAUCAAGCCCAAAUAUGAAAUUCUAGAAAGCUCACCUCUUAAGCCUCCGGCGCCCGUAACGUCCUUCAACCGUCAUCGAAUCAGCAAAUACAUAGCAUUUCGCUGCUCUCUCUACGCAGGUAUUCACAAAUGGCGCCGAAAAAGAAACAGCAACAACAAAAGAAAAACCCGUCAUCUUCAUCGUCAUCUAAGGGCAAUACGACGUCGUCGUCAGGUCCGAAGCUCCAGAUAUCGGCGGAGAAUGAGAGUCGACUCCGAAGGCUCCUCCUUAAUUCUGGACGGUCCACACCGGCCUCCUUUCCGCCGCUGGCCGAUAACUCUCUUUCUAAAGAGCAGAAAGCCAAGCGGCUUCGGUCCGUUUACGAAAAGCUUUCCUGCGAGGGCUUUAGAGACGAUCAGAUUGAACUAGCUCUCUCCACUCUCAAGGAGAGUACAACAUUUGAGGCUGCUUUAGAUUGGUUAUGCUUAAAUUUGCCUGGGAAUGAGCUUCCGACAAAGUUUUCUAGUGGGACUUCUCUGUAUGAAAGUGGAGGUUCUGUUGGAGUUAUUUCAACUGCACGGGAUGAUUGGGUUUCUUCAAGAGAUCCUUCAGCAAUUCUAGUUGAGGAUAAAAAGCCAGAAGUAGCUGCCAAAAUUAAGGUCCGAAAGGGUGACGAAACUCUAGAGUCUUUUCAGCGUUCUCAAGCUGAUUGGAUCCGCCAAUAUAUGGAGCAACAGGAAGAGGAUGAAUAUGAUUCUUGGGAAGCUAAUCCAAUUGACAAUGAUUCAUUGAAGAAGGUCUUGCAACCCAGGACUAAUCCCGAGUCUAUUGUUCAUGAAUACCAUUCUGCAAGGCUGGAAGCUUUAAAUGCCAAAGAGAGAGGAGACAAGAAAGGGCAGGAACAAGCAGGCCUGAUCAUUAGGAAACUUAAGCAGGAAAUAUCUGCAUUAGGACUAUCAGAUGAUAUCUUGGCAUCUGGAUAUGUAAGUUCUUCCUAUUGUGCAUCUAAGGACACGUCUUCUGAGUCCACGCCUUCCAAAAACUUUGACAGUGGUACAGUUACUACAAUUGAUAAAGAAGGUUCAGCUGCUUCUACUGAGUUUGUGGCUGAAGUUACAGUGGAGGAUAGCUCUGGCUCACAUUUGUGUUCAACCGAAAAUGUUUCAUCAAGUGUUCCCAAAAAUGAUGGAGUCUAUUUGGAAGGGAAAUCAGGAGACGUAGAACUUGGUGGUUUCUUCAUUGAAGAUGAUACGUCAGGAGAAGUUCCUCUUGAAGUAUUGGAACUACAAAAGAAAGAAAAAUUGAAAGAACUUUCUAGCGAGAUGAAUUUAAGGAAACUGGAAGGUAUCUGGAAGAAGGGGGAUCCGCUGAAAAUUCCGAAGGCAUUUCUUCACCAACUUUGCCAAAGAUCAGGGUGGGAAGCACCGAAAUACAAUAAAGUUCUUGGUAGAGGUCACGGUUCAGGUUACUCUGUUAGUGUAUUGCAGAAAGCUAGCGGAAGGGGUAAGAGCAGAAAAGCUGGAGGGCUAACGACUAUCCAGCUUCCUGAUCAGGACAGAACCUUUAAUACUGCUGAGGAUGCGCAGAAUAAUGUUGCAGCUUAUGCACUCCAUUGCCUAUUUCCAGAUCUUCCUGUUCACUUUGCACUUUCAGAGCCUUAUGCUUCUCUUGUGCUGAAAUGGAAGGAAGCGGAGUUAUUUACAAAUGUAAAAGACAAUCAGGAAGAUCGCAGGGCUGGUUUUGUGGAUUCAUUACUGAGUUCUGACAGAGUUGAAUCAAACAUUCUGCCUGAUGUCAUGGAUAGUCCUCUUGAAGAGAAGCUCCAAAAACCUUGUGUUGCAGAAGACAUUGCUGGUGGCACCAAUCAAAAUGCUGAAAGAAUGAACAAGGAUAAACAUGCAGAGAGCUUCUAUCUGAAAAAGGAACACCAGCAUAAGAAAGGAAUGAAGAAGUACAAGGAGAUGUUGGAGUCCAGAUCCAGACUCCCUAUUGCAGAGUUGAAAGGUGAUAUUCUGCAUUUGCUUGAGGAGAAUAAUGUUUUGGUUAUAUGUGGGGAGACGGGCUGUGGAAAGACAACUCAGGUCCCACAAUUUUUAUUGGAUAACAUGAUUGAAGCAGGACGUGGUGGGUUCUGUAACAUAAUAUGUACUCAACCCAGGAGAAUUGCGGCAACAUCUGUCGCUGAAAGAGUUGCUGAUGAGCGCUGUGAACCGUCUCCGGGGUCAAAUGAAUCGUUGGUUGGUUAUCAAGUUCGUCUCGAUAGUGCAAGGAAUGAGAGAACGAAGCUUCUUUUCUGUACAACUGGCAUUCUCCUGAGGAUGAUAUCGGGGGAGAAAGACUUGGCUGGUGUUAGUCAUGUUAUUGUUGAUGAAGUGCAUGAGCGGUCUCUCUUGGGGGACUUUCUUCUCAUUGUUAUGAAGACUCUGAUUGAAAAGCAAUCUACUCACAGAAAAUCUAAAUUGAAAGUUAUUCUUAUGUCUGCAACCGUUGACUCACACAUGUUCUCAAAGUACUUUGGUAAUUGCCCAGUAAUUACUGCACAAGGGCGAACACAUCCUGUGUCAACCCAUUAUCUUGAGGAUAUUUAUGAAACCUUGGAAUACCGUCUUGAUUCAGAUUCUCCUGCCUGUAUAAAUCAUGGGAUAUCUGUGUCAGAGAAGGUAUUGUAUUUAAAUAUUUACAUGUUCCAGGUUAUAAUUGCCACAAAUAUUGCAGAGACGAGUAUAACGAUAGAUGAUGUGGUAUAUGUGAUAGAUUGUGGUAAGCACAAGGAGAAUCGUUAUAAUCCACAGAAGAAACUGUCAAGCAUGGUUGAAGAUUGGAUAUCUCAAGCAAAUGCAAGGCAACGGCGAGGAAGAGCUGGACGUGUGAAGCCAGGAAUCUGCUUUUGUUUGUAUACAUGCCACAGAUAUGAAAAGCUCAUGCAUCCAUAUCAGAUGCCUGAGAUGAUGCGGAUGCCGUUGGUAGAGUUGUGUUUGCAAGUGAAGCUGCUUUCUCUUGGUGGCAUAAAGCAAUUUUUGUCUAAGGCCCUGGAACCUCCAAGAGAAGAGGCUAUGGAAUCGGCAAUUUCUUCAUUAUACGAGGUUGGUGCCAUCGAGGGAGACGAAGAGUUGACACCUCUUGGAUAUCAUUUGGCUAAACUUCCUGUCGAUGUAUUGAUUGGAAAGAUGAUGUUAUAUGGUGGAAUAUUUGGUUGUUUGUCACCAAUUCUCACUAUUUCAGCAUUUUUGAGCUACAAGUCGCCAUUUGUUUAUCCAAAAGAUGAGAGGGAAAAUGUUGAAAGAGCAAAGUUGGCCCUGGCGACCGAUAAGAUUGGUGAUGCAACAGUUCAGAUUGAUGGUAUACGGCAAUCUGACCAUCUUGUAAUGAUGAUGGCAUAUCAGAAAUGGGACAAGAUUAUUCAUGAGCAUGGAAUUAGAGCAGCACAAAAAUUUUGCAGUUCACAUUUCCUGAGCAGCUCUGUCAUGUUUAUGAUAAGGGACAUGAGAAUACAAUUGGGUACAUUGCUUGCUGACAUUGGGAUUAUUAACAUUCCGAAGAAUUAUCAGCAGGUUGGGUGGAAAAAGAAAGAAAAGCUUGACACUUGGCUUUCAGAUUCAUCACAAACAUUCAAUCAGUAUUCAUGUCAUUUUUCAGCAGUGAAGGCAAUACUAUGUGCAGGUCUGUAUCCUAAUGUAGCCAUGAUGGAGGGAGGUAGUACUGAGGAUCGUCCUGUUUGGUAUGAUGGAAAAAGAGAAGUUCACAUACACCCUUCUUCUAUUAAUGGUAACCAGAAGGCUUUUCAGUAUCCAUUUCUCGUCUUUCUUGAGAAGGUUGAGACAACUAAAGUAUUUUUACGAGACACUACCGUCGUUUCCCCCUACUCUAUUUUGUUGUUUGGUGGACCAAUGAAUGUUCAGCAUCAGACAGGACUAAUUACUGUAGAUGGUUGGCUAAAAAUGGCAGCACCGGCACAAACUGCUGUCCUCUUUAAAGAACUUCGAUUGACUCUUCAUUCUAUUCUGAAGGAGCUCAUUCGUAAUCCACAGAAAUCAGAUGUAGUUGAUAAUGAAGUUAUCCAAUCUAUAAUUCAAUUAUUCCUAGAAGAAGAAAAACCGGCAAGGUGACUUGUUCAUUCCUCCACCGAUGCAAAUUCAAGCUGACUUUUGCCGAGAUUUUUAGACCAAGUGCAUAGGAAUUGAAGUUAAAACUACUUGGUCCACCCAAAUGUACUCUAUUCGUGCACUAUAUUGGCAUGUUUUGUAAGACGGUCAUGGUGGCCUCCGGGAAGCUUCUUUUGUUCUGCACUUGAAAGAAGUUAUACAGAGGACGCAGGGAAAAAGAAUAAUGUCCUGGUAAUUUACCAAUAAUUGGAGCAAUUAAAUUGAGCUAUAAUUUAUAUUAUAUACAUAAGUUCUUGACCCGGUUUUGUUUUAAAUGAACAAUCUACUGGAUGUAUCUCUUUCUUUAACAUAUUUGAUAAUGGCAGAAUAGUUAUAAAAUGUUCAACCUGGGUUGGCUGAACUUUUCACCAUA